CCUUGCGUUUACCAUAGAGGUGUUUACACAGUCAUCGAUGGCUGCUGAUAUCGAUUUAUCAUGUCUGUAAUUUUUUUUCACUGCUGAUUAUUCAGGUCUGUUAUCAAAAUGGCAGCAGUCGCGGCGACGAAUCCCUCGCAGCUUUUACCUCUCGAGCUGGUGGAUAAAUGCAUUGGCUCACGGAUUCACAUUGUCAUGAAGAACGAUAAAGAGAUUGUGGGAACUCUGCUCGGGUUUGAUGACUUUGUCAACAUGGUUCUUGAGGAUGUGACAGAGUUUGAAAUCACUCCAGAAGGAAGAAGAAUAACAAAGCUGGAUCAGAUUCUACUCAAUGGCAAUAAUAUCACAAUGUUGAUUCCAGGAGGAGAAGGACCAGAAGUUUGAGAAAUGUGUAGCACCUUCCACAAAAAAAAAAAAAAAAUACAAUUUAUGUUCUUGUUUCAUUAAAAAAAAAAAAAAAAAAAAAAAACUUUUUGUUUUCAAAAAUUCAUUUUCAUUUCAUGAGGGGAGAUUUCCACAUUAGUUCUUUCUAUUGUUUAAGUGAUCCAAAAAGUUUUUGUAAACAUUUGUUGUUUGUUACAAUAAAACAAAUAAAAUGAAUUGGACUGAGUUGGAA